CAAAGCGUGACGUAACCGCUGUGAAACAGGAAGAGGAAGUGAGACAUUUCCCUUUGUAUCUCCAUUGACAACCAAAAAAGAAAGUAAAAAAGACAGCGAUUUUUCCAGCCAUCUUUUCAGUUAGAAUGUUUCAAUCGACCGACAGCAGAGCACAUUUUUCACUGAUGUUAUCAGAGGUUUUAGAUGAUAUUGGUGUCAAUGAAAGAAAUAUGAAAAAAGGAAGAAGAGUUUUCUUGCUGAUAGAGACAAUGCAAACGAUGACACGGAAGUCAUUUGGAUUCAAUAAUAUAUUAUAUAUACUAGGGAGUCGAAGUGAAGGAACAACAACUAUAGGACUAGAGUCAGACAGUGACAUUUUAUUUUGUUCGAAUGAUGCCAAUGUAAUACAGGACCGGUCAGAAUGGGAAGAAGGUAAAGUAAACUACUUCAUGAUACAGGAUGAGAACACUACCCCUGGGUAUUGUUUUCUACAGCUAUUCCAAAAUGACAAACCUCUUCCUGGCACUAUCAUUCCUGAUGGCUACCAUAUGACUGAUAGAAGGGGAAGAAUUUUGCUUAAGAACACAAUAAAUACUAUGUUAGAUAUGCGUGUAAAUGAAACACGGGAAGGACCAUCUAUUUGUACACAAGGGCCACAUGGAUUCAAUGAUUUAGACUAUGUGCUUGCUUAUCCCUGUAAAUCAUGGCCAAAAUCAGCAUCUGGUUGGUUAGAGAGACAUCGUAUUAGCAGAUGGCCAACACAAGACAUGAGAAGAGAUGCAGCCAGUACCUGCUGUUUUGUUGUUCCAACUGGAAGUAAGGUCAGUGCAAAUCCUGAACUGGAAUGGAGAAUAUCUACAUCAUUGGCAGAAAGAUGUCUUAUGUUUGAUUUAAAUAUGACUCAAAUAAAGUGCUAUGUUUUCAUAAAAAUGGUUCUAAAAUCUUUUCUAAAUCCUCAAAGGGAAAUUAAUAUAUCAAGUUUUAUGUGUAAAACAAUUCUAUUUCAUUGUAUAGAACACAAAGAAGCAAGUAUAUGGAAAGAGAACAAUUUAUUAGAUUGUUUAAAAGACUGCUUAAUAAGAUUACACAAUUGUGUAGAGAAGGAAUAUUUGCCACACUUCAUCAUACCGGAAAACAAUUUGAUGGCUGGCCAAUUUACGGCUGAGACAAAACAUAAACUUUUAAAGAAUAUAAGUGAUUUUAUUCAGAAUGAUGUACAAAGUAUUUUAAAAAUCGAUAUUGAUGAUCUUGGACUAAGACUUAGAUAUAAACUGAACUUAGUAUACAAUUUAAAUUCUUCUCUGGUAGAUUGUAGAAGUUAUUUUUCUAACCAUUACUUUUCAAUUUCAAUGGAAAUCAGUAACAACCAUUACUCUCAAUUACAGCUUUUACAUAAUAAAGAUAUAAGAAUAAUGAAGCACUAUGUGGAAACACUAAUGACCUAUAAGAAAAAUGAUAAUACAUUAGAACAGGCUGCAUGCAAGUUUCAAGCACCAUUAAUUUGUACCACAUAUGGAUCUGCCCUGGCUUCAGCAAGUAUAGGUUUAAAACAUCCAGUGUCACCUCAAGCAUUGGUUUGGCUACUAGAUGGUUUUGACUCAGACACCUCAUCUGGCAGACUGAAAUUGGCUUCAGUAUUCUACAGUGAAGGAGAUAUGGAGAAAACUGAAAUAAUUUUGAGACAGACUGAAAGUCAGUUUCACUCCUUUCCUGUUUCACCUUUCUGUGGCUGCAGGUAUACAAUGCCUCGACCACCAGAAGCAACAGCAGAAUUUGGAAGGUUUUGUAAUAAACAAAAUGAAGACUUUGUCAAAGAUAUUAUAGCAUUUUGUGUCAGAUUUUUAAAGCAAGAGAUCAACUGUGUUCCACAUGAACUACAAUAUGAAAUGUUCAGAUCUACACCAGAUGACAUAAAACACAAUAAUCAAGCUAAAGACUUCUGGAUGGACUUGGCUGUAGUUGAUUCUCUUCCUUUCCUGUACUUCCUACAAUAUAAAGUUUACAGGCAUCUUCAUAGGUAUAAGGAUAAAAAAAAGCUAUUAAUAAACUUGCAAACACCAUAGAAACAGAUGAAAAUCUUACACAUAACGAAACAGCUUACAAUGUUUUAGGACAAUGUUUGGAACAAGAAAACAUACCUAAACAGGCAUUAAAAUGUUACCUGUGUUCUCUAAAGCAAAGAGCAAGAAACAAUGUGGCAAAAAUUCAUAUAUGCCGGCUUCUCUCCUGUUUACUUGUUGGAAAGGAAAAUUGACAAAAACACAUAUAUCAUGAAAUAUUUAAUUAUAAUGUUAUGCUUACUUGAAUCUGAUAAAAUAGAUAUCUAAUUGGCUUAUUUUUCAGUGUAUUCCAUUUAUUAUAUAGGUUGUUGAUGGAAAAUAUAGGAGAAUAUAACCAUAAUGAGAACUGUAUUAUGACUGGAUGAGCUAGGAGAACUGAGAAUAUGACUUGAAUGAGAUCUAUAUUAUUUGAGGUUCUAUAUAACCAGAAAGAGAUCUAUAUUAC